UGUACUAGGCUACUCUGCACCCGGUAUCCGCCCAUUUUCGCGCUAAGGCCAAACUCAGUUGAAUCGAGAGUAGCAGGCCAAACGCUGGAUCAAAUGUAAAGUUCAAUUGAUUGAUUCCUUACAUUCGUCGGCUUUUUCAAAUAAGUUUAAUCUACAUAAAUGGGMCCGUUUCAUUGUGAAGUAGGAAAUGUAGAGAUCGUGUGAAAAGGGAGGAUUAUCUGCUUGACUUGUUAUUUGGUCGCUACUUCGGACGCGGAACUCCAUACGCUAAAGGUGAACGAUGACAGAAUACAAGCUGGUGGUGGUGGGAGCAGGAGGCGUGGGCAAGAGCGCUCUCACCAUCCAGCUCAUUCAGAACCACUUUGUGGAUGAAUAUGACCCCACCAUCGAGGACUCGUACAGGAAGCAGGUGGUGAUUGAUGGGGAGACGUGUCUGCUGGACAUCCUGGACACUGCAGGUCAGGAGGAGUACAGCGCCAUGAGGGACCAGUACAUGAGGACAGGGGAGGGUUUCCUCUGUGUCUUCGCCAUCAACAACACCAAGUCCUUCGAGGACAUCCACCACUAUAGAGAGCAGAUCAAGCGGGUGAAAGACUCAGAAGACGUGCCCAUGGUGCUGGUGGGGAACAAGUGUGACCUGCCGUCCCGGACGGUGGACACCAAACAGGCUCAGGACUUAGCGCGCAGCUACGGCAUCCCCUUCAUUGAGACCUCAGCCAAAACGAGACAGGGUGUCGAUGAUGCCUUUUACACAUUAGUGCGGGAAAUCCGAAAACACAAAGAGAAGAUGAGCAAGGAGGGCAAGAAGAAGAAAAAGAAGUCCAAGACAAAGUGCAUACUCAUGUGAAUAAUGACCACCCCCCCCCCCCUUUCAAGAUAGAAAAAAUGUGUUCAAACUGUUUAAUACAUUUUUGUACAUUACACUAAAUUAUUAGCCUCUUUUACCUAAGUAACCACAACACCAAAUAUCGAAAUGAACCCCUUUUUUUUCUGCCUUCAUUUUCUUUGCUCAUUUGAAACUAAUAAUCUUUACUUAAUGUUUAGUGCCAGUUGCCCAGAAGUGUUGGUCCAAUAGGUUGAUUAUUAAUUAGGAGUGGUACACUGUAGGCACAUUUUGGACAAUAGAAAAAGCAAGCCUAAAAAGCUUAUUUUCCCUCUGCUAGUAGAGCAUGAGCAGAAGAGGUUGUUGUAGUACAUGCUUCUAACAGUAUGGGGGAGAGUUGAAUCCCAUCCAUAGUGCCUAAAAGCUGUUUUUAGCAUGGGCAACGCCAUUGAGGGCUUUCACAAUUUUUAAGUAGUCAACUAGGUAGGACUUACUAUGGGUUAUGGAAGGAUCACAUUACAUCCGGGUCAUCAGGAGGGAUCAGCCAAUUAAUUAUACUUGUGAGCAAACAUUUCAUAACUGCAGGUGGCAGUAAAUUGUCUUCAUACCUGUUCAAAAAACACACUCCACGUGGCACUAUGUACCCUUUCAGUUUGUCAACUCGCAGUAGUAAAAGAAGAAAAUUGACUACUUCAAAAUGGAAAUGGCCUCAAUGACGCUGCCCAUGCUCACAGAUGCCAUAAUGGGAAAGAUGCAAUGCUUCGAUUUCUAUCAUUCCAUUCGAUACCAUAGGACCCUCAAACUCAACUCUGGAUCUCAAAGCCAGUUCCACUGCAUUUUUUCAUUGGUUCCCUCUAGUAAGGAGUAGCAACCGGGAGGCACGACCAACACUUGAUUAGGGGAAAUUACAAAUGUCCUGGCCACUGUGUGUAAUAAUGCCCAUCCUCCUACAUUAGACUCCUAGAUAUGAUUCAAUAAUAUCAUGCAGUACUUUUAGCAUGCAUAUGAACUUUACUACUGUACCUAGUAAAAAAAAAAUCAUGGUUACCCAUUUAAUUCACUUGUAAUCUGUUAAUGCUUUUUUUUGUUAAUGCUUUUUUUUGGUAAUAAUUGGUGAGCAGUGAUUUCCUGCCUACAGGAGAGACUUUCCUUUUUGCAUGCAAUGUGUUCUUACGGAGAAUGGCACUGUGAUGCUAAUACUGUAUAAUACUGAUACAGCCACUAGGGCCAGGAACAAGGAGCUCUGUUCCAGUUGGGGGGGACAGGUUUUUAUAGUGUUUCGGGACUUGAGUCAAUCCAUAUUCACCAAACCUGAUCUGAUCUUUUGGGUAGAAACCAGUUGUUGAGUGGUGGGAAACCUUCUCAACAACUGAAUUGCUCCAGGUGGCAGGUUUGAAGCAAAAUAUAUUUUUAUAUAAAGAGAGGCAUCAGAACAGCAAGAUUCUGCCAGUGAUUUUGAAAAGGACAUGCAGCUAAUGUUGUGUUGCUCAGUGGCACUGCAUGUUGCUUAAAACCCAUCACAAGCCAGUGUCUCCUGUAGUUAUUUUAUCAUUAGAUUUGAUAUUCCCUGCUCAUUACGAACGUUCUAGAAGAUGAGUUAAUUGUUCCUGAAGAGACCUUGUUUAAGCUAUGAACUUCCCUCUUAUCCUCAGGAUUGGUGUAUUUUGCGUCAUGUUUCGUGUUUUUGAAGGUAGUUCACUGGAGUAACACAUUUGACCUCAGCUAAUUGAGCCAGCAAAUCAAGAUCUGGGCUUCCUUGUUACAGUUUAGCAUCUGAAGUGUUGAGUGCAAAAAAAAUAUAGCAUGCCUAAAUCAAACCUAAACUUUAAACCAAGUCAUCUAAUGUCGACUACGUAGAUGUGUUCUUCGGGUGAACUAUCUUCUUAAAGAAUAGUGACUCAUUGUCUUCAGAUGCAGGACAUAAAACACCUCAACAGAUCCUAACAGAAUAUGCCUUGCACAUUUCCCCAAUCCUUUGUUUUGUAUUUAUCGCUGCCAUAAACUUACUCUCCUGUUUUUGGAUUGGCUAGAUUAGGCAAAACAAAUCUUAAAGGUCUUGUUUUGUCCUACCACAUAUAUGUAUAUGUAUUUUUUUCUUCUGCAAAAGAUGCAUCCCCAUAGUAAUGGUGUCAUGAUAAGGGUGUUCAAAAAUGUAUUGUUCAUAUGAAUUUUUCUAAAUCACCCUUGGAUGUUUUGGGGUUUGGAGUUUGGGUGGGAAGGUGUUGAGGGUUUUUCUGUGCUGGCUUUCAAGUGAAAUGACUAGUCCAGUCCAAUCAUUUUUAUGUCACGUUUAUCUUUCACAGGUUGUUGCUUCCAAGUGAUGUAGUAACUGGAACUGAUCUCUGCAAAUGAGGCAAUAAUUGCCAUUUAAAUUAGUUUUUAGAGAAAAAAGUCAAUUGAUAACACAGAAUAUUUGCUUUUCAUGGUCAAUGCAUAUUUCACUACCUUAUUACUAGUUUUUUACCUUGGGGCGUCUUACACAUUGCCUUUUGUGCUGGUAUCGGGUGCUUCAGUCAGACAGCAUAGGCUUCUCUGUCACGUCUGUUCAAGAGCUACAAACUCGGUGCUGUUUGAGAGGAACAAGAUUCUAAAUUAAAACAUAAUACACAAUACAAUGUAUUUUGGCUGUUUACACAACCACCCUAAGAACCCAAAUCUGAUUAUCUUUCUUUCUAUAUCCAAUCUUUUCUUCUGACUGUCCACACAGUUUUACAUGUGACCCAUAUCAGAUUUGCACAUUCACACUGAUGUAGCACCCAGAUGCAAUGCUCGUUUCCCGUCUCUGUUCCUUUCAAUUUCGGGUGCUUCUUAUGUGCAUAAAAAACACUUCAGAGGAAAAUAAUCUGAUCCGAGCAUCCAGACAGAGGUCGCAUAUAGAGGAUCGGGUUUGUAUCAGGGUUAUGAUCCACAUAUGGAGGUGGUAUAAAUCAAAAGUCCAAAGAUCAGAUUCCAUGUGUUUUUUUGCUGUUUACACCGGGAAAAUAUCAGAUGGGUAUCAGAUAUGCAAUUAAUUGGCAAUAGAUCUGAAUUGGGCUGCCUGUGUAAGUGCAGCCUUAGUUCUUAGGAUUUAUGCUUUUUUGACCCACUUUGAUUAAAUCCUUUUUGUUACUAAAGUUAGAUAUUAACUGUUAAUGCAUUUUUGAUAAUGGGAACCCAUUUGUUAACAAUACUGUAUCAAGAAAAGUAACUAUACCGAAAUGUGUUGAAAUGUUCCGCCUCCCUUUUUUUACGUGCCAAUGGCUGAUUUCUGAGGGAAAAAAGUAUAAUUUAUACCUGGAUCGUAUUUUAACAACCUAUUGUCAUACUGAAAGGUGCAUAUUUUGUAAAUUGUGCUUAAUUUUGUUGGCGUCUCUAAAUGAAUGUUGCUUUAAUAGAGUUUUCACUCCUCUGUUUGUGUAUGAUGGGACUCGGGAGUGACUGACCACUGUUGAACACAUCAGUAGAGAUCUCUCUUUGGGCAGUGUGUAGCGUGGUGAUCUGAUUUCAGAUCAUUUUUUUCCCAUGAAUCUCACCACUCCUAUUUAAUGUGUAAUAAAGAAAAGAGGAAUUGG